GAGGGUAAAGUCUGCAGUUUUAUUGGAGUUCAUGGAUCAGAUAAUAAUUCUGUGACAGGGAUACUGCUGGCUGCAUGAAACAGAUCUAAACUCCACCAUGAUUCACCUGAUCUCGACUCAGUACGGUGUCUUCAGUGCUGUGGCGGUUUUACUUCUACUAACAGACUCUUGUGGAGGUAGAGUCUUAGAAGGCCAGACUCAGCUGAUUGGUCCACUUCAGCCGGUAGUCACAACAGUUGGCGAUGACGUCAUAUUGCCGUGCCUCCUAGAACCUGGCAAGGAUGCUGUCACCAUGGCGUUUGAAUGGACGAGAAGUGACCUGAACCCCAGAUUUGUCCAUGUGAGGCAUUCUGGUCAGGACCUGUUGGGUAUGCUGCAUCCAUCCUACAAGGGAAGAACGUCACUCAGCAGCGAGAGACUGAAGUCCGGAGAUAUUUCAUUAAAACUCUCUGAAGUGAAACCAUCUGAUGAGGGAAAGUAUAGAUGCUACAUUCCAGGAUGGGAGAAAGAAUCCUUUGUUGAGCUUGUUGUUGGUGCUGUGUCCUCACAUUUCAUAGUGGGUAUUGACAAAGUCGGUAAAGGAGUGGUUCUACAGUGUGAGUCUAACAGCUGGUAUCCAGAACCUGAGGUGGUCUGGCUGGACGGUGAGGGAAACCUCCUCUCUGCUGGACCUACAGAGACAGUCAGAGGUCCUGAUGACCUCUAUACUGUCAGCAGCAGAGUGACUGUGGAGAAGAGACACAGCAACAACUUCACCUGUAGAGUCCAACAGAAGGACAUCAACCAGACCAGAGAGACACACAUCUAUGUUCAAGAUACAUUGUUCGACUCCAGUGCUGCUACUGUCACUGGUUUGGCUGUUACUUUGGCCAUCUCCCUUUCAGUUAAUCUUUUGGGGUUUUGUGUGUGGCGUUGUCGUCGCUGUAAAUGA